AGAAGACAUACAGUUCACAGGACUUUUCACUGCAGAAUUUAAAAUAGAAGGGUUUUUUAUAACAAGGUUCAUGUAAGUUUAUAGCAGUUCACAUGCAAGCAGCCUCCCUAUAAAUCUAGUAUAUUUACAAAGAGCAUUAAGCCUACAAUCAAAUAUCUGAAAUGUAGAGCACACUUAAAUCUGGGUUGUGUGCCACAGUCCAUUAAGAAACACUGCUUUUUCUAAGUUAUUGGUAUUGCUAUAGCAUAAGGAUUUACCAGAGCCAAGGAUGGGACAAGCUGAAUAGCUUGCAGAGGGGACUCAGACAUUUUGGAUCGUGACUUGUUUAACUUUGUUUGUACAGUUGACUCCACUCAUUCCCUGAAACAAGUCACUUCCCCUGUGCUGGCUGAUAAGAGUUUUGCAGCUUGUUGCGGUGGAGUGUCAGAACCUUUAGUAUUAAACAUUUACAUUCCCAGCCACACCACUAGCCCUGUGUACUGCUUGCUCUGGAAGCUAUUUGGAAAAGAAAAAUAGAGAUCUGUGAAGGGAAAUCAUGCAUCAUCCUCCUGUCUGUAAACCACGGAAGACUAUGAGCUGCUUUCAUCAUGUGGAUUCACUGAAGAAAUGACCUUCCUAGAUCAGCCAGGGAAAUUCAUAAACUGGUUUGUUUGCUCACUGUGCACCCCACGGGUGCGGAGACUCUGGAGUGGCAGGCGCCUCAGGACCAGGAGGAAUCUGUUGCUGGGGGUAGCCUGUGUGAUAUACCUGGGGUUUCUAGUCAGUCAAGUGGGUCACAUUUUACCCCAACACAGAGGGGGACACCAGAAGGUAAAUUCCAGGAGUCUUCAAAAUGCUGGCCAAACACCUUUUCUGGGGAUCCUGCUGGAUGGCACCGUGUUCCCAUCUGAUCUCCAAGGGCCCCAGGUGGGUGUCAAUGGGACCUCAGUCCCACACAAUGUGGUGUAUAUCACACUGCGGUCCAAACGCAGUAAGCCCACCAACAUCCGAGGCAGCGUGAAACCCAAGCUGAGGAAGAAGCAUGCAUUCCCUUUGCCCUUUGGGCCGCACUUUCCAGUAGAUGGCCCUGGGCAGGAGGAGGCCUUGGCCCUGCAGCUGGGGAGGACUAGCCACUCUGUGGGAAUAAUGAGGGCAGCAGUAGCUUCAGAGACACCAGAGCACCAACUGGAGAAGCACUGGGGUAGAGAGAGGGAACUGGUGAGCAGGGGACGUCGGAGACAAGUUGGAAUUUCAGGAGGUGUAAAUGUGCUGCCCAAGGCUCUGGAGAGUAACAUCAGGAUAUACAGUGAGAGGCCCCCCUCUUGGCUGAGCAAAGAUGACAUCUUAAGCAUGCGCUUGCUGGCGGAUUCCCGGAUAGGCAGUAUCCACGAAGCACCUUCUCAGCAUGGAGUCCUGCUGGUGUUUGAGGGGAGUCCCACUGCCACAGGAGCAUCUUGCAGUCAAGGGUACUGCGGCCUCAUCAAGAGACCCCUUGAUAUGAGUGAGGUGUUUGCCUUCCACUUAGACAGGAUCCUGGGGCUAAACAAGACCUUACCUUCUGUAAGCAGGAAAUCGGAGUUCAUCCAAGAUGGUCUACCAUGUCCCGUUAUUCUCUGGGACUCUUCACUUACUCCAACAAAUAAUAGGACCCAUUCGUCAGUGAAGCUAAAUUGGGGGGCCUAUCAGCAGCUAUUGAAGCAGAAAUGCUGGCAGAAUGGCAAAGUUCCCAAAGCUGAGUGGGGCUGUACUGAGGUCCAUCACCAUGAGUGGUCUAAGAUGGCACUCUUUGAUUUCCUUCUGCAGGUCUACAAUCGACUGGACAGAAACUGCUGUGGGUUCAAACCUCGCAAGGAGGAUUCCUGUGUUCAGAAAGGACUGAAACUGAAAUGUGAGGAUCAAGACUCUGUUGACCUGACGCACAUUAUUCAGAGAAGACAUGACCGUAGGCACUUGGUCUUUAUAGAUAAUAAAGGUUUCUUUGACAGAAGCGAAGACAAUCUGGAUUUCAAAAUAUUACAAGGAAUCAAAGAGUUCCCUGAAUCAGCAAUUUCAGUGUUGAAAAGCCAACGCUUGCGAGAGAAGCUUCUACAGUCUCUGUUCCUUGACAAAGUAUAUUGGGAGAGCCAAGGAGGUCGCCAAGGAAUUGAGAAACUGAUUGAUGUGGUAGAAAGGCGGGCCAAAAUUCUUCUGACCUAUAUAAAUGCACAUGGAGCCAAAGUAUUACCCAUGAAUGAAUAAAAGUCUUUUUAUUUCUAACUCUAAAAAUUAUAUAAAACUUUAUAUAAGGCAAUAACUGAUGGCAAAAUUAGUGUUUCUUUUAAAAUUCUUUUAAAUUCCAAAACAUAACAUUAAAAUGAUAAGCCUGGGCUUUUUUAAAGCCAUUUGGAAAAAAAUGUUAUAUAGUAUAAAAGUGCUAGUUCUCUAACAUUUGAAAUUCUUAAAUACAGCUAGUUCUGUGUUUUUCUAAGAAAGAUGUCUAAGCAGUGUAAUAAAGAAUGCAAUAAUUUAAUUUUGGAUUAUUAAUCUGCUAACGUUUCUUUUAUGCUCUCAGGAUAUGUCUAGACUGAAGAGCUUUUCCAGCAUACCGGAAAAGCUCAGCCAUGUCCAAGGAACACAUCCACUUUUUUGGAACAGUUUCUGAAAAAGCAGACAUGUUCUUUCAGCAUCUCUGUAUUCCUUUCGGUGAGAGGAAUAAGGGAUAUUCCAAAAGAGGAGUUUUUUUCCAAAAUUUGGCAGCGUAGACAGGCCAAAUUUCGGAAAAGACUCUUUCAGGAAAAAAAAGCGGAAAAAGAUACGCAAAAAGAUACGUGUUUCACAAUUUGCAUAUCUUUUUCCUACUUUUCUCGGCAGCGUGGACAUAGCCUCAGUUAAAGAUAGAUAUAUCUCCACUUGAUUCUUUUGCCAGCUGUGUAUUAAUUAAGAGUGGGAUUUUCAAAAACGCUUAGCACUGGCCAACUGCUCUUAUCAGAAUCAAGGAAGUUUUAGCAUUAAUUUAAUUGGGAGCAGAAUUAAGCCAAUGUUGAGCACUUUUGAUUGGAAGUCCCAAAUCUUAAUGCAUAACCAAACCUCCAAUAGAGAAUGUUAAUUCGGGGAGUUGCAUUCUUUCUUUUUGUUCCUUAAGAACACAAAAACUUCUAGUUUCUCCUAUGGCUGAUAUUUGUACUGCAUCUGUGACAUCCAGGGACCAAAUUCAGCUCUUUUGUAAACAGAUAUGACUUCAAUUGAAGGCAAUGAAACUGGGCCUUUUUGAUGCUUAAUACAGGUCAAAGAAAGAAUCUAAAUUUUGCCUGCGAACAAGAACCCAGGACACUUUGCACUUAAGCUAACUUUAAGGAGUGGAAUUUUACUAAGUGGUAACCUUUAGCUUAUAUUGAAAUUGCUGAACCAAAUAUUUUAGUAACACAAUAGUGUGGAAGAGGUAUAACAACAUUGCUCUAACAAAGGAAAUAAAUAAUGAUUAACUACAAGCAGUGUUCUCUCUAAGCUGUGUGGCAGCAUAGCUUCACAGGUGAUUAAUCAGCCCCACUCAGUCAGUCAUCUCUGUGCACCCAGCCCUGAGCCUAUGACUGGGUGGGGCUGAUUAAUCACCUGUGAAGCUGUGCUAGUGCACAGCUUAGAGGGAACUGCUGACUAUAAGCUGUUGCCCUAUUUGGAAAGUUACAAGAGAACAGCAGUUUUAGAAAAUAACCUAAGAUAAGAAGAAUGUGUGAAAGGGAAUAAAUAGGUAAGGCUGGAAUGAUAAAUAAUAGAAUAAUAAGGGUAUAAUUACCCUGCGAAAUCGAGAGAGAGAGCAUUUGAAGAUUGAACACAGGUUGUAAGAAAACUACGGGGUAGGUCUUCUGCAGUCUGGGGUGUCUUUAAUAACUGUUAAAUCAAUAAAUCCAAUCAAACCUGACUUAUUAAACUAACAUCAGAUCCAAAAGAACCCCUCUCACUAAACAUACAAACAUAGACAUAUAAUCACAAUUUAAAUUUUUACUGGUAAUCAAUGAAUAAUUUAUCAAUAACCAACUUUCAAUAGCUUGUUUAUAUCCCCACCACAAGGACAAAUAUUUUCUCACCAAUGAUUUAUUUGGAACGCAACUGCCUUUUUUUGGUCCACAGUUUGUCUAGUUUGGUCUGCAGAUUGACAAGUGCCUUUUUUUGAGUGUAAUAAAUAUUCAUCAUUUUAAUUGUUUGGUACUUAUGGGUCAAAUGGUAGAUUUCUGUUUCCUGUUGGACUGAAUCCAACUUCAAGAAUCAGAUUUCCAGUGCAGCUAAUGGUGAUUAUAAAUUCCAUAUCAGCUAUCUGUGUGUAUUCUGCUAUAUUAGGGUACAUAUUUUUACUUCUACAAAUGUUCCUGGCAAUAAACUCAUUUUCUUGAAUUCUGACAGAAAGGAAACAAGAAGGAAAUUAAUAUUGUAAAAUUUAAACUGAAAAUGUUGUUUUCAAUAUUCUCUCAACUUCAAAUGCAGUCUCUUGUGUUCCAUUAAGAAUGUCCACUAUUCUUCAAGAAGAUAUUUUGCUGUUAGAUGUGAUGAAUCAUGAAGUAACAACGAAGCAUAUCCUCAACAGGUUUAAACUGUAGCUGUGACUUCAAAAAGUUAUGACAACCCACACUAGUUGAAAUCUGUCAGAAGUAUUUCUGAAUAGAGGGGUAUUGGGCAAGUGACAAACUCUCCACCGUUCAUUAUGAAAAAGACUUUUCCUAGGUCUUAAUGUGCUUCCAGAUAUAAUAAAACAUAAAUCAUUAUUGAAUACCAUGACAAUAUAGCUGUUUGUGGUACUCACUAGACAUUCAAGAAAGUUUUUUUCCCCUUUGAACAUGUAAGAAGGUUAGUAGGGCAUGUUACACGUGUCUAUAUGUUCUCAUCUCUGAUCAUGUAUGCACAACAGUAUUUUUCCAAUGUGAGAAAUUUAAAAAAUGUUGUAUAAGGGUUUUAAUAAAAAGUUUUAAAUGAGUUGAA